ACUUAUCAGCGCUAAGCAAGCGAAUUCAGUUGAUUUUCGAAACUACGUACGCGAAGUUAAAAUUUAGAAGCGACCGCUGGUUGUUUAGAACAAGCCAACAACAACAUUAUAUAAUAAUUUACAUAGACGAAUAUAUAUAUACAUAAAUCAAAACGAAAUGCAAUUCCUACGACUCAUCACAUCUUUGCUGCUGGCCGUCGUGCUACUUGCCACGCUGACCGCCGCUGCACCAGCUGCAGAGAGCGAUGGACCCUUCUGCCCCUGCCCACGCAACUACGAUCCAGUCUGCGGCUCCAACAUGGUGACCUAUUCGAACCGCUGCAAUUACGAUUGCGUGCGCCGUGAUGCGGAACGCCGUGGACGCAGUCUGAAUAUGCUGCGCUCUGGACCGUGCUAAAGACAUACAAACGAACCAUAAAUGGGUGUAUUGAUUUGAAAUGAGUUUUAAAUAAAGCUGCUUGUGACAAUGUUGUAUGUGCAUUAGAAAUAUAUAAAUUAAAUAAUUGUAUAACCAGUGAGCUGGGCGAAAGUGCUGAAGAUUUUAUAUAUGUGAAUAAUAUUAAAUAAAAAAUAAAUUAAAUAUUUUACCUGUGAAUAA